UGUUCCCUGUUUCCUGACAGUGCUGGUCCUAAAGGAGACAACAUCUACGAGUGGAGGUCCACCAUCCUCGGCCCCCCCGGCUCCGCGUACGAGGGGGGGGUGUUCUUCCUCGACAUCGCCUUCACACCAGACUACCCCUUCAAACCCCCCAAGGUGACUUUCCGCACCAGGAUCUACCACUGCAACAUCAACAGUCAGGGUGUGAUCUGUCUGGACAUCCUGAAGGACAACUGGAGUCCUGCUCUCACCAUCUCCAAGGUGCUGCUGUCCAUCUGCUCCCUGCUCACUGACUGCAACCCCGCCGACCCUCUGGUGGGAAGCAUCGCCACACAGUUCACCACCAACAGAGUGGAGCACGACCGGAUAGCCAAGCAGUGGACCAAACGCUACGCCACAUAAUGAACCGCAGCAUGGGGGGGGGAUUUUUAUCUCUGAAAUGAAAAUCUUAAUCCUGACUUUUUGUUGUUUAUUGUAUUUUUAUUAUAAGUUAUCUCCGACCCAUUUAUACCCAAGCCUGGCAAUAAUGAGUUUUUACUUUGUGCUUGAAGAUGGAUGCUGAUGCUAAUAUGCUAACUGUGUCACAGCAUGAAUCCCAGUUCCAAUUAUAUCAGUGUAACAUAUUCUCACGUGUUCAAUUCUCCCUGUUUUUGGAAAAGGUGCUAAGAUAUGGAUGGAUGUUGGUUGUGAUUUGUGUUCUCUUCCGAUUAAUAGCUUGUUCUGUUUCUCUUCAGUAUUAAACAUUACCAACUGCCUUUGUUUCAAUCAGGA